AUGACGGCAUGUAUCUGUGUUGGAGUCAGCAUUGAUAAAUUUUAUGCCUUUCUUAUUUUUGACAGCCCAAGUAUAUCUUUGGCAUUUUGCUUUCUUAGAAGUCUGACAGAUUUUAUUAGAGUGACAUCUAGUCAAGAGUUAAAUAUCAGAUUAAAUGAAUUACCAGCAUUUAUAAAUGAGGCAGCACCAUUUGGUUCACCAAGAGAUACGGACUGUGACAGUAUAUUGGCUAAAUUAUCAGAUAAAUCAUCAUCUAUACCUAAAUCCCAAAAGCAACCUGCAUGGAAACCAGUCUUACAUACAGGAAAAUCUAGUAUUUAUCUAUCAGUAUCAGAGUGUAUACAAGCUGUCCAAUGUGAACAUGAAGAUGUUAAAGAUGUGUGGGAAGUAUAUGGUACUAUUACAUGUAAAGCUGAACUAGAGGGUGCUACACCAGAUGUUACACUAAAUAUAUCCCAUUUAAAUGAGGGUAUAGUCGCACCAUUAGAUCAUCUUGUUAUACAUCCAUGUGUACAGAGUGCUGAUUCUCAUAUUAUACCCAAAGACAAUAAAAUUGUUCGACCAACACCAAGAAGAGUUCGUUUUAUUCCACCAUCAGAUAGUUUUACUCUGUGUCAUUAUACAGUUUGUAGUAUACAAGAAUUACCUAUAUUCGGUGUUUAUCAUAUGAAGUGUGAUCAGAAAUCUGCUAAAAUAUCUGUUACAUUACAAUUAAGUGACCAAGUUAAAAAUAGUUUUGAAUAUGCAGAACUUCAAUUGCCAUUCUUUAAUAGGGGUAUUAUAUCUAUAGUUGAUAGUAAUCCAUCACAAGGUAGUCUUCUAGUAUCACCUGAUAGAAGAAUACUUGUAUGGAAUAUAGGCCAGAAAUUCCCAAGUAAAAGCUUAGAUGCCUCUUUGACUGCCAAUAUACAAUUUACAGACACUGGAACUAAUGCUAAUCUUUCAGAAGCAGAGUGUUUCUGUACAGCACAGAAUGCCUAUUGUCAGUUAUAUUUUAAGAUAAAUGACUUUACCUAUUCUGGAUGUUAUAUAGAUACUAAAUCCUUACAAGUCUCACCAAAUACCAAAUUUAAACUUACAAUAAAUAGAGAAUUCUUAUCCAAAACUUAUAAAAUCUGGAAUUCUUAUGGCGGUGUUUUAACUACAGGAAAGUGAAAGGAAAUGCCAGUCUGUGAUAAUACCCUGGGUGUCAUUGAUAAUAUUUGGCUCUUCUCAUAAUUUCAUUUUUAAAAUUCAAAUUCUUGAUAAUAUUACAUAAACCUUUGCCAAUUUAUAUAUCUUAUAGUAUUCAAAAAAGAUUGAAAUUAACCCUGGUUGCUCAAAGCUGUGUUUCAUCCAAUUUAGAUUCAGACCUUGUGGGUAUUAUCAAAAAGAGGCUGAAGAUCAAAGUCUGCAGCUGGGGGUAGUGGUUUUUGGUGGUUAUAAUGUUUUUCUUUUUGUACUCAUGCACAGAAGCAAUCAAAUUAGAAAUUAAAAAUCACUUACUGAAGCAAUCUAAUUAAAUAUAAAAAUCAUUUACUGAAGCAAUAAUGAUAGUACUGACUACUUCUCACAUUGCAAUAUGGUUUCAGUAGGUCUCACUAUUAUUUAUAAAAGAUGCAAUAAAAAGGAGAUUUAGCAUCCUACUUUUUUCCAUCAACGAGGCUAAUGAGGAGGGGCAUAUGCUAUGCAGUGCACUAUGAAAGAAAAUGUGCGUGGACAGUGCUGUUUCCACCUACACUUGUUUGAAUUCCAAAUUCUAAGGGUUCUUUUAUGUGCACGUCAACAUAUAGGCCUACAUAGGACCUUGUUUUCUUGUACUACCCGAAGGACUAAAUGCUGUUGUCUGUCCUGCACCACUAACCUUCUCACUGACAAGGGGGAAACCAGGCUGGAAAACCCCAAGGAACUUUCUCUGCUAGGAUUGAAUCUUGGACCACCAGCUUACUGAGACAAGCCACGGUGGCCCAGUAAAAGAUAAAUCAAUAAAAGUAUCCUAUGAAACAUAUAUUGUUUGUUGGACUAUAAAUAGUUUGUAUAUAAUAACAUUAUGUGUAUAAAAUACUUGUAUUAUAAUUUGUAUAUAAAAUAAUACAGAUAUAAACUUUAACUUAUA